AUGUGGCAUUUGUUUUUUGCAGCCAUUUUAAUUUUUCACUUUACUGUGGAAUGUGCAACCAUUUUACCAUGGUUUAAACAAGAACAGUUUCUUUUGAAGAUAAAUAGCGGUAAUUAUGAUGAGCAUUUGAUUUAUCAAAAGUUGCAACAAGCCUAUGAAAAUAUGUACGCAUUACCUAAUAAUCACCAUGCAAAGUUAUAUUUGGGAGAUAUAGAUAAGUUCAAACAAUGCAUAGUAGGGACAGAAAUUAGGUAUUACAUCAAAUCAUUUGAGAUGGUACAAAAAGAAUCUGAAGCUUCUGAAUGCAGAAUAAACGUUAAUCCUGAGUAUGAAGUAAUCAUUACUCCUAGCGAAAACAGUGAAGUGAUUCUCCAUGAAACCAGUGAUAUCAUAUCCAAACAUUUAGAAAACAGAAUAAUAGAGAAGUUUAAUCUCUUACAAAUCCCGGUAUUUUCAGCAAUAGAAUUCUACGAUUUUGAUAAUUUGAAUUACGAUCUACAAUGUUCACUUGAUUAUCAGGAUAUAGGACAAAUUAAGUUGGUGGAGAAUGAUUUGAGGAUGACUUUGCAUGAAAUUUUUGACAUACCGGAAAAUUGUGGGUUUCAAAGAAUUGACAAAGAAUUCACCGGAGAAUUCAAGCAAAUAAUCGUAGUUGACAUUCCUGUUAAUGGAACCUUUGUUUGUCAUAGAGGGUCUUCCAGGACAUGCAAAAAAUCACUUGCGGAAUUCAGUAACCCAAAAUAUAAACUAUUCAGAGAUACGUAA